AUGAAGGUACACAUGCACACAAAAUUUUGCAUCAUUUGUUUGCUGACAUUUAUCUUUCAUCAGUGCAAUCAUUGCCAUGAAGAUGGACAUGACCAUGGUCCUAAGGAGAAACGUGUACACUACCAUAAUGACUAUCAGAUCUCAAAUGCAUCCUACUUCCAGAAUGGAGGAACAGAAUCUAUGCCGAGUAAAUUUUCAACGCUGGAAGCUGAAAAUGAACAAAAAUACUACAUUGAAAAGAUUUUUGAUCGUUAUGGUGAAAAUGGAAGAUUAUCUUUUUUUGGCCUGGAAAAACUGUUAAUAAGCCUUGGUUUAGGAGAGGUAAAAGUAGUGAUGAUAAAUCAUGAUGAUAUUGGCCAUGAUCAUGUUUCUCACUUAUAUGCUUUAGAAGUACAGGAAGGAAAGCAUUCUCACUCUCGUAACCAUCCUCAUAGCCACUCAGAUACAGAAAACCAAACCACGAUCAGUAUGGCUGCAAAGAGAAAUCAUAAAUGUGACCCUGAGAGAGACGCAGUAGUGCCAUCAGUAAAAGAUGAUGGCAAACACAUUCAUGACCAGAGUCGCCAUCACCAUCAUCACCACCCUCGUCUACAUCAUCAUGACCAUAAUGGUACACAUCAUUCUCGUAAUGAUUCAGUUAGUCAUAGUGAACAUGGAGAACAGAACCAUGAACCUUCAACAGAGACAAAUACAACUCAGGAUCAGCCAGAAAGAAAACAACGGAAACAGAAGAAGAAGCAAAAGAAGAUCAGUGAGACUUCAGGAGAUGCUACACGGGAUUAUGCCCCAGAUCAUGAUCCAGGUGAUCAGUAUGAGCACAAUCGUGUUCAUAAACAUGAUCAUGUACAUGAUGCAUCUCACUUGCAUGUACACCAUCAUGAACACAGUAGUGAUCGUUCUACUAGUCAUGGACAUCAAGAUUCCAGUUUAGGUAAUGAGGAUGGACACCACCAUACCAGCAAGCGAGAGGCACCUCAUAAGCAGGUUAGUGUAAGAAAACAUGCUGUUUUUUCAACGCGUAGUCAUAAGGAUCAUAAUGAAGAUGGACGUGAUCGUGAAGAGUGCUUAAAUGUUACCCAGCUGCUACGGUACUAUGGUCUGGAAACCAGCUCUCCAAUAUCUCCUGAAUUGUUUAUAUACAUGUGUCCUGCUUUGCUAUACCAGAUUGAGAGAAGGCUUUGUAUUGUACAUUAUGAUGAGCUUGAAGAUUUUAUGAAAAGUAAAAAUGCAUCAAUUGAGAAUAAAGAUAAAACAGGUGCAUCAGCUUGGUUUUGUGGUAUCAUCUCUAUCACCGUCAUUAGCCUGCUUUCCUUGCUAGGUGUGAUCUUGAUUCCCAUCAUUAACCAAUGGUGCUUCAAAUUUCUUCUAACUUUCUUGGUAGCUCUGGCUGUAGGAACAAUGAGUGGAGAUGCACUACUCCAUCUGUUGCCACACUCACAUGGAGGCCACAACCACAGUCACCACCAUGGCCAAGGUCAUGUUCAUGAACACAAGCGUUCUCAUCGACAUGCCCACGGACAUGGAGUACGGACGGAAGGCUUUCUAGAAGAAAAUGAUCCAGUGCUGAAAGGUCUUGUGGCACUUGGAGGCAUUUAUGUUUUGUUCAUCAUUGAACAUUGUAUAAGAAUGUACAAGCAUUACAAUAAACAAAAGAGUAAGCAGAAAUGGUGCAAGAAAAAACAGACUGAAGAAUCGCCAAUUGGAAGGAAACUUUCCGAUCACAAGUUAAAUAAUAGACCAGAUGCUGACUGGCUUCAGCUCAAACCCCUUGCAGGAGCAGACGACUCAGUUUUAUCUGAAGAUCGACUCAAUGAAACUGAACUAACUGAUUUAGAUGGCCAGCUGGAAUCCCCUCCCAAAAACUUCUUGUCUGUAGAAGAGGACAACAAUAUGCACCAUUCUCACAAUGAUGUCUCACAUGCUGCUCAAGAGCAUGAUCUUCAUGAUUCAGAGUAUGACAGCCAUGGCGAAGAUAAAAUGAUAGCUAGAAAACACAGUCACCACUGGCAUCACAAACAUUCCCAUCAUUCCCAUGGCCACUGUCAUUCUGGAAAAGACCUGAAAGAUACUGGGAUAGCUAAUAUUGCUUGGAUGGUAAUUAUGGGAGAUGGCAUUCACAACUUUAGUGAUGGCUUAGCAAUCG